AUGGCUGAAGCCCUAGCCCUUCAUAAGGGCAUCCAAGAGGCUAUCAAACUGAAUAUUAAAGAUAUCUACAUCGAAGGUGACAACCUACUUGUGAUCAACUCGCUAAAAGGAAUCUGGACCCCCCCGUGGAAGCUUCAAAACAUUAUUCAAGAUAGCAGGACUCUUCUUCAGCAUUUUCACUCUACCCAUAUCAAACAUAUCUUCCGUGAAGCAAAUAGAGCAGCAGAUUGGAUAGCUAAUGUAGGACAUCUUAUUGUUGAACCACUGUGUAUUCCCCCGAACUCUAGCCCUAAUUUAGAUAAUAUUGUUCAAAGUGACAGCUUAGGUUUCACCCUUGUGCGAAGGGGAACCUAG